AUGUUGCAUAGGAUUCGUACAGAGGCUACGAAACUAGGAUUUGGUGUUGUGAUUGGAAGGUCUGAUAAUGGUACGUCUAGAAGAAAUGCAUUUGUGACUUUGACAUGCAAAAGAAGUGAGAAAUAUAUCCUUCAUUUUCAAAAAUUGAAACGCGACGACACCGGUUCAAGAAAAUGUGAAUGCCCAUUUAGAUUGCGUGGUUAUCUUUUGGCAAAUAACAAAUGGAAAUUUAAUGUGAUAUGUGGCUUACACAAUCAUGAUCUAAGUCAAAAGUUGGUCAGUCAUCCAAUUACAUGUCGGCUUCUUCCGGAUGAGAAGACAUGUGUUUCUGACAUGACUUUGAGCUUAGUGCCGCCAAAAAACAUUCUUGCAUCCUUGAAGCGCAAAAGACCCGAGAAUACAUCAAAUAUCAAGCAAGUUUACAAUAUGCGCUAUCAAUCCAAAUUAGCGCUUAUGGGGGAUUGCACCGAGAUGCAACACCUCAUAAAACUUCUAGAUGAAAACAAUUAUGUUUGUAGGCACCGACGAGGUGAUGAUGGGGUUACACUAAGAGAUAUUUAUUGGACUCAUCCUGACUCCAUUAAAUUGUUCAAUACGUUUCCCACCGUGCUCAUAAUUUAUUCAACGUAUAAGACCAAUAAGUACAUACUUCCAUUGUUAGAAAUUGUUGGUGUUACGUGGAGUGAGAAAACAUAUUUUGUUGGUUUUUCAUUUCUAGAGUGCGGAAAACAGGACAAAUUUGCAUGGGCUUUGGAGGUUUAUAGGUCAAUGUUGAAAGAUCAAGAAGAUAUGUUUAAAGUCAUUGUUACCAACCGAGAUACAUCAUUAAUGAAUUUGGUUGCAACUGUAUUUCAUACUUCUUACGCCUUACUUUGUAAUUACCAUAUUACUAAAAAUGUAAGGAGUCGGGUUAAACCUGCGGUGGGGACAAAAAAGAUUGCAUGUGAAAAUCAAAAACUGGUCAAGGCAAAAAUUAUGGAUGCAUGGAAUGUGAUAGUAAAUGCAUCUAUAAAAGAGAUAUACGCUGAUGCUGUUUUAAAAUUCAGGAAUGUUUGUGUGAAAUAUCCCAAUAUAAUGAAAUAUGUCGAAAGCACAAUACUCGGUCAAGUAAAGGAGAAGUUUGUUUGUGCUUGGACCACCAAGCGUGCUUCUAAUCUCGGUUCAGACAGCUCAAAGUGUGGUUGUACAAUUUUGAAAGCAUAUGGUCUCCCUUGUGCUUGUGCCAUAUUUGAGAAGAUGAAAGUUGAUUGCCCGAUACGUAUGAACGAGGUCUCUAAUCAUUGGAAGAGACUCGGUUUUGAAGAUGAUGGUAAAACGAAAGAAGAAAGAUCAAGUAUUUCCAUCUUGACUGAAUGGGAAGCGAUGCAAGAAAGAUUUUUGAAAGCCGAUGACAACACCAAACUCCACAUCAAAGAGCGAUUGAGGAAGAUUGCAUUCCCGAAGACCACGGACUUGAAACCACCAUCUCAACCGGUAAAAACUAAUGGCACCUAA